UCUACGUUGAUUUACUCACACAGUCGCACUCUUUUAUUCCGGAAAAUACAAAAAUCAAACUCAGACUUUUCUACUUCCUCGAUUCACUCCAUGUUUCGUUGAUUUACACAACAUUUGGACUUUUUUGUUCAUUGUUUAUUUCGGGAAGAUGCAGCUAAACCGACGUAGUUUUGUGAUUUCACUCGAAACGGGGAAUGCACACAAGCUGCUCGACAGAAGUCCUCAAUGGAUAAUAUAUCGAGAAAAAAGUAGUUCCAAAAGACGCCACGUGGAUCGUCUCUAUUGUCACGUGGGUCUCACGUGAUGAUAAGGAAAGAAAAGGUUCAACCUUUUGCUGUUAUAUUGUUUUUUUUCCCUCGCAAAGAAAGUUACCUUCUACCUGAAGCAACAAAAAAAAAACCCUAAGAAUCGCAAGAAGCCCUGAGAGAGAGAGAGAGAGAGAGAAUCGUUUCCGCUACUCUCUUCUUCUUCCACCAUGGAUCCUUCCUUCUUCGAAACCGCUGAGGAGGAUGCUCGGCUCGAGAAGAUCGCACAAGACCACUUCGCUCAAGGAAACCACAUCAAGGCCUUGGAGGUAAUCGAAGAUGCGUUUUCAAAGCGUGGGAAAGAAGACGUCCCAGGAAUGUUCCAUCUCCUUCAAGGCUCCAUCUUGUAUCAUCUAGCGAAGAGAGCAAAGAAGAGUGACGUGACGUUCGCGUUUUUGCUGGGUUGUGUGGAACCUUUUACUGAUGAUUUUGGGCUGCACGCCUUCUCUGCAUGUGCAUUGUUCGAGAUGGCCAAACAGCUUGAUUCGGAGUUGUAUUACAAGAAGGCUGAGAAAGACGCAGAACUAAGAUUAUCUCUUUUGGAAUCUUGUGGUGAAUUGGACUCGGCCGAUCUAGAAACACAACGUACACUUACCAAUAUAAGCAACGAGGCAGAGUUAAAGAUCCUCCAGGGUUGUACUGGAAAAAUCUCUGUGCCAGCACUUGAGGAGUCGAAAGAAGCUCGAGGCAUGAUCAGGAGUGACGCUGAAGGUAAAAGAUUGAGGUCGCAUUGGGCGAGUAUGAGUGUUGAGGCUAAAAAAAACUUUAUGAAAGUAAGCGUUUCGAAGCUUAGAGGUUAUGUUGAGAGAUUAUAUGGCGAAGAGGGGAAAAAGGCUUUGGAGGAAGUUCUGGAUUCUACAAGGACAAACAAGAAAUGGAGAUUCUGGAUGUGUCGAACUUGCUCACAGAAAUUCUUUUAUGUGAAGAAGUUCAGGAAUCAUCUUGAGCAAGAACAUGGUGCAAAAUUUAAACGUGCUACGGCAAAGAAUAUGCCUCAGAUGGUAAAUGAAGCGUGGGCUGAUAUGAUGUUGGUUGGAGGUUGGGAACCAGUGGAUGCAGUAGCUGCUGCUGAAAUGAUCAAGACUCGGCUCGAGUCUGUGAAGGAGUUUGUAUAUGAGAAAGGAUGGUCUAAGGACUGGCCUUUAGCUGAAGAUGAAGAGCGAACUAAUUUACUCAAGCAAAUCCAAUAUCUUCUUGUGUUACUUUGGGAGAGUAAGGUUCUUAGUUUUACCACUCUAGAAUGGAUGAUGGAGCUUCCGAUUCUUGCACGAUUUGAAGUUACCGAGUCUCUUAUAACCGAGUGUGGCCUAGUGGGAACACCUCAGCGUAUCUGCUUUUGGGACUGCCAUGAACUCAAACGAAUUCGAGACCUUCUCAAACUCAUCAAGUUUGAAAGGGAUGAUGGUACAGAUCUGGUUUGCAGAGCAGUGGAGAGAUUAUGUGGUCGUACUGGAGUUAAAGAAAAGAUCGAGUUUGACGAACGGUUUUCUUUUAUGCUUCUGGAUAAAAGACUGCUGAGAGGCAAGAUUGAUCCAUUCGAUGAUGAAGGGGCAAUAGAUGUUUGUAAGCAUGACUACUACGCCAAGACACAACCUCAGGGCGACGAUAUCAUAACCUGGUUACUUGACUAUCUUUUGAUAGAUGGGAGCUUUGAAUUUCCCAGGUCUGCCAGGGCACACAAUCUUGAUAUAUGGGUGGCUAUUCUGAGAGCCAUUCACUACACCUGUAGGGAUUGGGGAACCAAAUAUGGAAGGAAGUUCGAGAACUUGUGUUAUGAUAAAGUUCUUACUGACGCCAAAAACUUGUGUACGAGCGAAGAUGAAAGGAGAAGGAUUGCUCCGGAAGGUGAAGCGAACGUCGCAUAUGCAUCUCUUCUAGGUGACAGGUGUGAAGAGUUAAAAACAGACAAUGGAGAUCCUCCCAACGGAAGACAUUUCGUGUUUGCAGUACGGGAUGUUCUCGAGAGAGCACCAGAUCCCACAUUUGAUUUCGACGAUCUAGAAGCUUCCCUAGAUCUUAUACAUGGGCUUAAAGAUCUCAGUGAUGGUACGGUGUUAGAGUCCAUAGACCAUCUGAAAUCUGUGGUCACCGACAAGGUACUACUAGCCGAUUCAAAGAUUUUACUAGUUGAAAAGUCAAGGAUUAGUUUGCUAAACGAGCUCACCAGGCUUUCUGCUUUUGACUACCGGUCGUAUAUCCGUAACCUGCUCAAACGGUUCAUGCGGGACGAGUUAAAUGAAAUUGUUAAAAUGGACGCCUUAGCCAAGGUAGCUGCAGCAGAAGCAGAUCUUUUAUCCAGUGAAAAACAAGAGAAGGAGAAGAAAUCAGGGUCAAAGAACAAGAAACGUGGAGUCAUCAAGAAAACUUCAACCAGCACGUCUACUGAUAUCGAGCAGAAUGUCAAACCUGAAUCUUCUCCACCACUAAACCCCGUGGAAGAAGACUGUGUGGAACCAGAAGAUACCCUGAAUAUUGCAGCCAACACUGACAAUCAAAAGGAAACUGCUAAAGAUUUGCAAAAUAUGCCUGGAGAAGAUUUACUGUCGAAACAUAUGGAGUCACCACAUGUUGCAGCUGCAACCAGAUGCAAUUUAGCUCUUGACAUGACACUGAAGGCCCUUUGUAAAAUCAAGGUUCUUAAAGAGUAUUUGGUGCUCAAUCGGGAUGAAUUUGCUGACAACCAGGAAGGACAAGUUCCUUAUGCAUUACGAGAUUUCUUCACCGCUUUUGCCUCGAAAACGAUAAAAGAGGGAAUGUACAGUGGUGAACUGGUGAUGAUGAUGCAACAGGCUGUUGGUGGCUGGAAGAAUGUGGUCAGAUUCUGUGAGAAAAUGAAGGUUCGGCCAGAGAUUCUCUUCUACGAAGCUGUGGCAAAGUUAAAUCAAUAGGGGAAUGUGAAGGAAGUUUUAUUCAAUACGUUUUCAACUCAUUACCUUUUAAAUUUUCAAAUCAAACGUGUUACACCGCCAAAAGGAA